AUGGAGAUGGAGAUGGAGUGGGAGAGGGAGAUGGAAAAGGGGGGCUGUGCAUUACCAGCAGCACCAGCACCAGCACAAGACCGCAUCCUCGCCUCCGAUGCCGUGCAACCAUGUCGGAACCCAUCAUGUCCAUGUCCAGCCAGACCCGACCAAAACCUGCUCUGGCUCAAGCCAUCGAGGACACCACCGGGCUGCAGCUGCAGCAGCACCCGCACCCGCACGCUCAUCCUCACACCCAUCCUCGAGACAGAAGCAGCAGAGGCCGAGAGAGCAGGAGUGGUCACCGAGGCCGAAAACAAGGCAAAGGGGUUCCGCAUGGGCAAAGGGUAUCUUGUCGCCAUGGCCGCCGGGCGUGAAUAA